GCGGAGUUGCUCUACGAACACAUCACCAACGCCCAUAUCGGCAGAAAGACGACGAAUAAUCUGUCGCUCGAGUGUGCGUGGGAGGGAUGUACUGCGCAUCCGUUCAAUAAGCGGGAUCAUGUUACGAGCCAUAUUCGGAUUCAUGUGCCCUUUAAACCACAUGUCUGUGAGAUCUGUGGAAGAGCGUUCAAACGCCCUCAAGACAAAAAGAAACACGACAAACUACAU